UUUAUUGCAGAAAAAAAUUACUAAUCAAAAUGAAUUUAAUAUUUAAAAUUUUAAGUUUUUCUUUAUUGUUAUUGCAAGGAAAUUGUAAUUUGAUUUUCAAAUGUACCGGGAUGAUAAGCAGGGACACAGCUAUAUUGAAUGAAAAUGAUCAACUUGUAUGUACAUGUUCAAAUAGUGUCAACCAACACGGUAAUCUCUCAUUUAGAAUAAAUCUUUAUGGAAUAUAUCCUGGUCAUGAACCAUGGACGAACUAUAACGAUAUGAUUUUUGAGGAAUCAUAUGACAAUAAAACAAUAACUUUAAGAAAAAAUAAAAUAUCUUUUGGUGAUGAAGGAUAUUAUGGUUGUCAUAAUGAGUAUUAUGACAAGCCAUAUUCUGAUGUGGCUCGUAUGUAUAUCUGGGUUAAAACAAAAAAAAGUUUUUUUUCGAAGGUACCAUUUCAAGUAACAAAUGAAGCUCUUAUUACUCCCGAUGAUUUCCGUCUACAAGUUCCUUGUGUACCAACUUCACCAUGCUACGAUAUUAAAUUAUUUAGAGGCUCAGAGGAACUCAAAAUUAAUAAGACAAACGGUAUUGCAUUUGAUCCCCGAAAAGGAUUUAUGAUAACAAAUCGAAAUUAUAUUCAUCCUCUCAAAUUUACUUGUUCAAUAACAAUGUAUGGACGUACAGAAAAAGUAUUAUACCAUUACACAAAUUUAGCCAAAGCUGUUAUUGAAAUGGUCAAUUAAAAAAAAAAAAAAAUGACAGAAAUUGGUCGUUAUCUAUGAAAUGGUUUAUUAAUUUCUAGGAAAUAAAACUUCUUUAUAAAUUUUUUAGUAAUCAACACAGUAAACAAAUUCAAAGAAAAUAAAAUUAAAGAAUAAAUAAAUAAAAAACCAGAGUAGUUGAAGUUUUUCCUUAUUGACCUGAAGAGAGAAAGCUCUGACAAGGACCCAAAGCAAUAUUGCCAACUAUUAUUGCCAAUGAGACCCAAAGUACCCC